AUGUCCGAGUAUUCUUCCGCUGAUUCCUCCGAUAAGCUUUCCCCCCCGGCUUCUGCUCGGUUGCCACCUCCUCCUACUUCACUGCGCAGCAACACUGCUUCCUAUGUGCGGCUCGACACGGACCUAUCAGCGAAGCAAACGGACCGGGACGAAGGCGAGGAAGAUGCAGCACAUGAGGAGGAGCAGGAGCAAGCCGUCAUUAGCUUGGAUCUUGCCGUCGGGCCCGUAGAUGAGAGGCUCGUUGCCGCUCUGGAAGGGGACGAGGGUGGUGGGAGUAGGGAGGAGGCGAAGGAGACCUCAGGAAUGGAAGAGGAGGAGGAAAAGACCGAGAGGAAAAAGGGCGGACGAAGCGGCGGGAGAGGGAGCAGAAAAGGCUGGAACGAGGCAUAA